UCGAACCGUCAGUUCUCAUCUAGCUGCGCCGGCGAGCGGUCCGUUUUGAAAAGCGCUCGUGAGUGGAAUUCGAAAUCUCGAAUUGCUGGCCAGGAAAAUCCCUCUGUUGUGUGGGAAAACUCGCGCGCGAUUUUCCCGUUCGCCGAGGCACGGACUACAAUCGUUUGCAGAGCGUAAAUGCAAUUGAAACGAUCGUAAAGUACGGCUGAAAGUAAACAAAAACAAAAAAAAAAUAGAAAACAACAAGUAACGAAGUUUGUUAUCAACGCGACGAGAGCUUAAUGCGGGGCUUAGCUUGAUUUUCAGAUUUCCUGCGUGUGCUAAUACGUCGUUUUCCCCACUCGCUGGCCAACUGGGAGCGUUUUCCAGUGGGUCCGGUGAAUUGGCGCGCAAUUUCAUUGAAUCGAAUUGAAUGCAAAUUGCAAUUGCGGUGCAGCGCGAAAUUGAACCUUUGACAGCGACAACGACGGCGACGUCGACGACGAUGGGCGCGCACAACGUGGCGUAUGCGUAAUCUGUGGCAAACGAAUCGAAGUACUCGCAAUCAAAUUGAAAUUGAAAUGAAAUGAAAGGCGCGCGCCGGCUCAAAUAAAUUAUGCGCCAGUGAGUUCUAAGUGUCAGCCGUCUCUUUCCAAUCGCGUAGCCCCAUCUCUUUCGCGCAGAAAAAUAGACCCAAGCCCAGGCAAUUGAAAAUGCGAUUCAUAUCGGCCCGAGUAGCAACAACAACAACAACAGCAGCAGCAGCAACAACAAAAGUAACAACAAGACAACAGCUACAACAACCACACUGAUGAUCGUUGGCAACAUGUCAAGCAUAAUUAAUUUUCGAUUCUGUUUCUGCCGCCGCCGAUUUCUUGCCACUAGCACCUCAUCUGGAAAUCUGGAAGUGUAAUUACGGUCAUAAUUCACGCGAGCCGCAACCACAAAAAAAAAACAUACGGAAAGCAAAGCAUUUAACGAGAAUUGUGCAGAGGAAAAACUAAUAGAGAUUUCGGCGAACAUCGAGCGAUUGUGAAAAUGUGUUGCCAAUCAAGUGGCCAGUGGAAAUCUUCUGCGCAGCAGCCCAAGGAAUCAGCGACGCCAAGACGGCAUCACCACGGAUUUUGCCCAAGGACCGAGGUCCUAAUCCUCACCGUUAUCCUGCUGGCCGUGCUCCAAAUCCAGACAGUUGUCGCCGGAGUGGGCGACAGUCUUUCCGGCGUACGUCAAUCCUGCUCGAAUGAGGGAGAAGAAGUGCAGCUGAAGAAUCAACCCAAGAUUUUCACUUGCUUCAAGUGCGAAUGCCAGAACGGAUUCGUGAAUUGCCGCGAUACCUGUCCGCCCGUCAACGAUUGCUAUAUUCUGGAUAAGUCGAACGGCACGUGUUGUCGUAGGUGCAAAGGUUGCAGUUUUCGUGGCAUGUCCUAUGAAAGUGGUUCGGAGUGGAGUGACCCCGAGGAUCCUUGUAAGACGUACAAGUGCGUGGCCACCGUGGUCACCGAAACAAUCCAGAAGUGCUAUUCGCAGUGCGAUGACAACCAGCUGCAGAAGCCGCGCCCCGGCGAAUGCUGUCCCACCUGUCAGGGCUGCAAGAUCAACGGACAGACGGUGGCCGAGGGCCAGGAGGUGGACGCCUCCAUCGACGAUCGCUGUCUGGUGUGCCAGUGCCGGGGGAACCAGUUGACCUGCUCCAAGAAGACCUGCCCCGUGCUCCCCUGUCCCAUGUCCAAGCAGAUAAAGCGUCCCGACGAGUGCUGUCCACGAUGUCCCCAGAAUCACAGCUUUCUGCCCGUUCCAGGCAAAUGCCUCUUCAACAAAAGUGUUUACCCCGAGAAGACGCAGUUUAUGCCGGACAGGUGCACCAACUGCACCUGCCUGAACGGAACCUCCGUGUGCCAACGACCCACCUGUCCGAUCCUGGAGUGCUCUCCGGAGUUCCAGGAGCCGGAUGGCUGCUGUCCACGCUGCGCCGUCGCCGAAGUGCGGAGCGAGUGCAGCUUGGAUGGGGUGAUCUACCAGAACAACGAGACCUGGGACAUGGGUCCAUGUCGCAGCUGCCGCUGCAACGGGGGCACCAUCCGCUGUGCCCAGAUGCGCUGUCCGGCGGUCAAGUGCCGGGCGAAUGAGGAACUGAAGCAGCCGCCAGGAGAAUGUUGCCAGCGAUGCGUGGAAACCGCCGGAACUUGCACCGUUUUCGGGGAUCCCCACUUCCGCACCUUCGACGGGAAGUUCUUCAGCUUCCAGGGCAGUUGCAAGUACCUCCUGGCCUCCGAUUGCCAGGGAAAGACCUUCCACAUUCGACUGACGAACGAGGGUCGAAACACGCGACACGCCAGUUGGGCAAAAACCGUAACCUUGAGUCUGCGAAACUUGAAAGUUAAUCUCGGCCAGCGGAUGAGGGUCAAGGUGAAUGGAACGAGGGUUACGUUGCCCUAUUUCGGCAUGGCUGGUGGCCAGAACAUCACAAUCGAGAGAUUGCCAGACGGAGGAGCCGUGAUGCUGAGAUCCGAGAUGGGUUUGACCCUCGAGUGGAAUGGAGCUGGCUUCCUGCAGGUUUCGGUGCCCGCGAAAUUCAAGCAAAGACUGUGCGGCCUGUGUGGCAACUUCAAUGGCAGUUCGCGGGACGAUCUGACCGGCAAGGAUGGACGCACCCAUGGGGACGACGAGGUCUGGCACUUCGCCAACUCCUGGAAGGUUGGUGGCCCGAAGUCCUGUUCCCGCAAGCGUGAAAGCCUGGCGGCCACGCCCACCUGCGACAAGCGCAAGUCGAACUUCUACUGCCAUCCGUUGAGCGUUCCCUCGCUCUUCGGCGAUUGCCACGAGCGCCUGAAUCCGGAGAACUACAAGGUGGCCUGCCGGAUGGACGUGUGCGAGUGUCCCUCCGGCGACUGCCACUGCGAUAGCUUCGCUGCCUACGCCCACGAGUGCCGGAGAUUGGGAGUCCCCCUGCCGGACUGGAGAACGGCCACCAAUUGUCCGGCCGGCUGGCGACGGAAUGCCACGCUGUCGAGCUUCAAGGGCAACCAGUUCUACGGGGAUCCCAGCUUCCAUCGGUUCAAGGGUCGCCGGCAGAAGAACCAUCUGCUGCGACUGCAGCAGCAGCAGCAGCACCAGCAGCAGAGCAAACAGGGCCAAAAGGGGCGGCAUCGGCAGAGUGCGGGGCACAACCAGCUGGACAAGCAGGGCCACCAUCGACUGGACAAGGACCAGCUGGACAGGGAGUUCAUCCUGAAGCACGUGCCCAGCAGUUUCCUCUAUCCACGUGCGCCGGAUCGCACGCCGCCGCCCCCUCCAUUAAGUUACUUAACCGUUUAACUUUAGUUACCCAUUUAGUUACUACACACACACACCCAUACAUGAGCACGCCCAUCCACACAGAUACUCUCGCAGGGAAGGGGCCUUAAAAAAAAGAUAGCAUACUUUUGGCGGCCCCAAAAAGCCGAGAGAACCGUGCGGGAAACCUAGUUGAAUUCGCUCCCAUGACAGCCAGGCCACAGUAUUAAGCUGAAAGUCCUCCGGAGUAGGCAGAUAUAUAUACACACACACACAUAAACACACCGAACUAUAUGUAGCACCCACACACACAAACACACACACACACAGCAUCGAACAAGAACUCAUCCUGUCGCCAUUUCUCGUGUAGCCUAAGUUUUAUUUAUUUUAGCUUUAGUAAGUGGAGUUUUAUUCGGAGAGCCUGUGCUGUUUGUGUGCCUGAUUUGUAUUUGUAUUCCUGUAUGUGUGUUUCGUCGCUGCGCUGAACUAAACUGAUCUAAAACCUAAACUAUAACUAUAACUAUAACUAUAACUAAAACUAAACAUAAGCUAAGCUUUAGCUAAGUGUACUUAGAACAUAACGCAGUCCUAGCUAAAGUACUUGAUAAUGUUUGCUUAAAAUUUAAGCUCUAGGAAGGGACGAGGAGAAGGACCUACCCAACUACUAUGAGAAUUGCACAACAGUAUUUUUGCUUAGUUGAAAACUUGAACGAGCCCCAGAUCCCGAACUCAACUCAAUCCCCAAAACAAAACAAAAACCUACUUAACCAACUCGAAAUUCCGCUUAUCUCAAAUCGGGGCGAGCGCCCCUCGCAGAUUUAACCAACUUUUACCCAAACUGUGUUAAUAUUUAUACAACAACAACAACUAUCGCCAACUAUUUAUGCACUUAACCAGCGGAAAAGGGAGACAACUCUUUGCCAUCUUUCAAUUUUACAAAUUAAUCAAGUUUACAGUUUAAAGUUAAAUGUAAUGUACUAUAAUAACUUCUUCAUAUACUAUACUACUUGUAUGGCUGGAUCUGUAAAUUUACGACACAUUUGAAUAUCCCAAAAGAUGAAGAAAAGAACAAAAACAAAACAAAAAGUAAUGCCACAAAUGCAAGUGGAUAAAAUCAAAUUGAAAUAUAUGAAAAAAAACAA